AUGCCAGACGAAAAAGAUCUAAAAAGAUGUUUCCUAAACGCAAACACAGAUCGUUACUCAAAACUGCCAGCCAACUAUGGCCUAAUGGACAUUAUUGCUGCGCUGCACUGGUUGAAGGAGAACAUCGCUGCCUUUGGUGGUGAUCCGCAAAGUAUUACACUGGCCGGUCAUGGCACGGGUGCAGCGUGUGUGCAUUUUCUCAUCUCAUCGCUGGCAGUGCCGGAAGGUCUGCUCUUCAAUCGCGCCAUACUCAUGUCCGGCUCCGGGCUGGCGCCUUGGUCGCUAGUCAGCAAUCCCGCGAAAUAUGCAGCCAUUGUUGCACAUCAUGUGAAUUGUGCGCCUGAUCUGCCGCAUGCACAUCUCAUGAAAUGUCUGCGGGAUAAGACGCUGGAGCAACUGCUGGGCGUCCCCAUACGUCAGCCAGAAUUCGGUUUUGCCUUUGGACCGAGCAUUGAUGGCGUGGUAAUCGAUGGCGGCGACUAUGUGCCGCCAGCGCCUGGCUCAGCGGCUGCACAAGCUCAAGCCUCGACUGCUGGGAGUGGUGGCCUCGGUGGUGGUGCGGGCAUUGCAGCUGCGGGUGGCUGGGGUACACCAGGACAGCUGGAGAAUAUUGUAUUAAUGAGGAAAACAGCCAUUAACAAGUUGUCAAGAUAUGACCUGUUAGCUGGUGUUACACGUGCCGAAGCAUUUUUCUCCUUCAAUUCCGGCGACGUACAGUAUGGUAUUGAGGCGGAUCGUCGUUCGAAAAUACUGAAAGCCUAUGUACGAAAUACAUACACGUACCAUCUGAAUGAAAUAUUCGCGACGAUUGUUAAUGAGUACACGGAUUGGGAGCGACCGGUACAGCAUCCAAUUAAUAUACGCGAUGAAACCCUUGAGGCGCUUAGUGAUGCUCAGGUUGUGGCACCGGCUGCACAAACCGUCGACCUACACUCAGCGGAUCACCGAAAUUCAUAUUUGUAUGUCUUUGACUAUCAGACCAGAUAUGGAGAUUAUCCUCAGCGCCAAGGCUGCAUACAUGGCGAAGACCUGCCCUAUAUAUUCGGUGCACCACUGGUUGGUGGCUUCAGCCAUUUUACACGAAAUUACACGAAAACCGAAAUAAAUCUCUCCGAAAUUGUAAUGCUAUAUUGGUCGAAUUUCGUGCGAACUGGCAAUCCAAAUGAGCAAAUGGAAGGCGAUCAUCCGAAUAGUCGACAAGAGCGCAGUCGUUACAAGACAAUCGAGUGGACUGCAUAUGAGAGCGUGCAUAAAAAAUAUUUGAAUUUCGAUACAAAACCAAAGCUUAAAAAUCACUAUCGCGCGCAUCGCUUAUCCUUCUGGUUGAAUCUCAUUCCCGACCUGCAUAAGCCAGGCGGUGAUAACGUGCCUGCCGCACAUCAUCAACUACUCGACGAUUCAGAUGAUGAAGUGGACAAUAAUAUUGCAAGCGACGCAACGAUAAAACCACUUAACCCACCCUAUUCACCGCAUGCCGGCACUGCUGCACUUGGCAACUUCACGCUUUUCACCAAUCAAGUAUUCUCGCUGCUCAAUCUCUCAUCGCCCUCAUCGGCACGCAACGCUUCGCGUUAUGGUGGCAAAAUAUACGCAGGCGAUGACGCUGGCGAAGCGCAUGCGGCGGGCAGUGGAGCGCCACCCGAUGCACAAGACGGCUUUGCGGCCUACUCAACAGCCUUGAGCGUGACAAUAGCCAUCGGUUGUUCACUGCUCAUACUCAACGUGCUCAUAUUUGCAGGUGUUUACUAUCAACGCGACAAGACACGCCUUAGUGAACCGCGCGCACAAACAAAACUGAAGCGGCAGGAAAACGGACAAAUGCCAAAUAAUAUCUGCGGGGAUCUCGAAACGCUUACUAUACACACAAAAAGUGAUCCGGCAACAAUACUCUCACAUCAUCAUGCGCUGCAACAUCAACACCAAUUGCCGCCACCCGAAUUUGCGGACAUACCACAUCGUGCGCCGCCACCACCGAAGCAUUUGAAGUCGCUGCAGGAUGCGGCUGGUGGCAUGAAUGCGGGUGGCGCACUCAAUGCGACGGGCAGCGGCAUGGGUGGUGGUGGAAUUAUUGCUGCUAGUAUGAGUGGCAGCAAUGGGGCGGGUGGUGGAAGUGGUGGCGGUGGUGGUGGUGGUGGUGGUGCUGGUGGUAUAGGACCAGGUAGUAGUGGGAGCAGCGUUAGUGGCGGUGGCGCUGGCAAUAUGAUGGGUCUCAUGCCACCGCCACAUGCACUCCAAGUAAUGGGCAAUCAGUGUGGUACACUAACUAAGAAGAGUUGUAUGAAACAAACGCAACAACAGCAACAACAACAAAUGAUUGUUACGCAUCAGCAACAUUUGCAGAAUCAUCAUAAUCAGAGUAUGACGACGGCGUUGAUGGGUGGAGGAGGUGGUGGUGGCGGUGGCGGUGGCAUCAGCGGCCCACCACCCCCUUCAGUAUCAAGCGCUCAGGCGCAUCCACAUGCACAUGCGCAGCAGCAACAGCAACAGCACCAUCAGCAGCAGCAGCAACACCAACAACAACAGCAAGCACAACUACAACAAACCCAACAACAUCCGCUAAUGGAUGAAUUGCGAGUGUGACAUUAAUUGACGGUGCGUUUCAAAUGUGAUCUCUAGCGGUGAUUAAAUGAAUGUGAAUGUGAUUGUGAUUGUAAUGACGAUAGCGGUGAUGAUGAUGAUGAUGAUGGUGAUGAUGA